AUGAAACUUGAUCGUCAAACAAUUGAUUUUUUACCAACACGAACUGAUAUCAAUCUCGGACAUCAAUGGUUAAUGUCCAUGGGUGAAGCAGCGGACAAAAUUGGACUAAAUAUACAGUAUUGUAUGAGUUUACCACGUCAUAUUCUCAGUGCUUUACAAAUUCCACGUGUGACUCAAGCACGAACAUCAACUGAUUAUGCUUUUCAUCUUCAUGGUAAAGCACAACAAUGGACUAUAGGAAUAUCGAGCAUGUUUACUGAUGCUAUUGGUUUGACACCAUUCAAAGAUGUGUUCUGAUCCACCUCAAUACAACGUGGAUCUCCUUGUAAACCAAAUGCUGAAGAAGUACUUCCAGAACGAGAAAUACUUAUUGCAACUUUGUCCACAGG